ACCUAACCUUCCAUAUUUCACCUUCGCUUCCGAGGUAUAUUGCUAGCCGCUCUUUAUCCCUUUUUCGUCCCACUUCUCUUCUUUUCCUACUUUUCUUGACAGAGAAGUCGGUAAAAUGCGCCCUUUGUUUUGAACGCGAACUGUGUGUUCUUCAAUCUUGCGUUAUUUUCCACAUCUCGCCGUGCAGUAAUGCGCUGCUAUAUAUUGGCAGACUGGUAGCGUCUGGAAUCUCUUCUCAUCAGGAACCUGUGCUUGAGAAGAUAAACCAGGAUGGUAACAUAUUGUUUGUAACCAACUUGAUCUUGACAAAGGCGAUUCCAACCCCAGACUUUCUUGUGAAACCUCACGACGUUUACAGCCAUGUCUAAUAUAAACAAUGCUCUCUGUAUUGAGAAUGGACAGAAUUCCGAGGUAUCUCUUUUGCAAAAGGAUAAUCUUCAGGAAAGUGGAUUAAGUCAGAUUUUGGAUUAUAAUGCAGAAAUGGAAAGGUACAGGUCUUUCGCCAACUUUUACAAAACGAACGGGGCAUUUCCACAGACUGCGAAGAUUGCUCGCAUAACCACGCCGAUCUUUCCCAGCGCCAGAAUUGGCGUGUCCCCUUGGAACUGCGAUAACGCCAUGCUCUGGGGGAGGAAAUCAGCAGCAAUGAACCCUAAUAGGACCAGCAUGCAUAGAAAUGACUCCCAGAGGCCGGGAAAGCCUGGCGUGCCGCCAGAGACGUUGCAAAUGGCAAAUAAUAAUUUCCUCACUACCUUAUCCCCCGAACACUGCAGACCUUUAGCAGGAGAAUGCAUGAACAAGCUGAAAUGCGGCGCUGCUGAAGCAGAGAUAAUGAAUCUCCCAGAACGCGUUGGAACUUUUUCCGCUAUUCCGGCUUUAGGGGGCAUCUCAUUACCUCCCGGGGUCAUCGUCAUGACAGCCCUUCACUCCCCCGCUGCCUCGGCAGCCGUUACAGACAGUGCGUUUCAAAUUGCCAAUCUGGCAGACUGCCCGCAGAAUAACUCCUCGGCGUCCAGCGGAAACCCGGCGAAGAAGAAGAGGAAAAGGUGUGGGGUCUGCGCUCCCUGCAGGAGGCUAAUCAACUGCGGGGUGUGCAGCAGUUGUCGGAACCGCAAAACCGGCCACCAGAUCUGCAAAUUUAGGAAAUGCGAUGAGUUGAAGAAAAAGCCAGGCACGUCGCUUGAGAGGACGCCGGUCAGUAGUGGCGAGGCAUUCCGGUGGUUCUUCUAGAGCAUUGGCUCUGGGCCCCUCAACCUGAAGUCAGGUGACACACUGGCUCAUCGCAGAAAGCACUUGUGGGGUUUGUUGACCCAAAACCCAGCUUUGGAGAAGAAGGAGAGAAAAAAAGAAAAGAAAAACAUUAUGGUGUUGGUUUAACUCUGUAAUUUCCUUUCAUGUGUAAUAAUGUACCUUUUGACAGUAUCAUAAUGUAUAUUUUUGGUGUCUAUGAAUGUGCUUCAGUGUUGUGACUGUACGAAUAACAGUCAUUCUUAUGUAAAGGACUCAAAAGACAAUCAUAACAAAUUAAAAUAAAUAAAAAGGCCACAAGGAUUAAUAUAUAAUUGCAACACUACACUUUUUAGAUCUGGAGCAAUAAUCAUUGAGGUGAUUACUCUUCGCCCAUUAUUACAUGAAUUUAAUUUUCUUUCUUGCAUUUUAUCCCAUUUAGUUAAUUUGCGUAUCAUGGAUGCGAGUGGCCCAAGCUUUGAGAGUACUGCAAGGCCAUCUUCUUUCAUUAAUGAACUGUUUCAUGAUUGACACAGAGCGAGGAGACAGCUAUGGUGACUCGGUUUGUUUAUUUUUCUAGCUCCCCAGCACGUUGCAGAGCAGGGCACAUUGUCUUGGGCAACGUGUUGCACUUUUGUAGAAGAAAUGUAAUUAUUCCCUUUUCUUAGCACAAGACUUCUAGUCUGGCAGGAAGACAUAGUCUAUUGUUUUGUCUACAUCUUGCUGUGAAAUAUUAAAAAAUGUGUUGUGUAAAUUCAAAAGGCAUGUGUUGGGGUAAAAGGACUUGAGAAAAAAUGUUGCAAGUACAUUUUAGAUGGGUUUAAUGAGCUUAAAAACUGUAAUGAGCAUAACUGGUGGGCCUUUUUUAGCAUUUUUGUUUUAAAUACAAAAGGUUCAUCAAAAAACUGUCUAAAGGAAAGGUAGGAAUACCAGUAAAGGAAUUCUAGUUUACAUUAAAGUAUUGGAAUUUAGCAUUCUGUAACAGUGCAGUACGGUACAGUAUAAAUAUCUGUUAUCCUGGGGGAAAAAAGGGAUCAUAUGUAUCUUCUCACUGCAGAGAUAAACCUGGCCAGCGGUCAUGUGUUGAAGUGAAGCAGAUGUACACAUUCCAAAUAAAUGAUUCAAUAAGUUACUCAUUGUCUUAAACCCUACUGUUGCAUGUGUAAAUGUGUUUUGGUUUUAAAGAUGACUAAGAAUUUGUAUAUUGUUGUUGUGAUGCUUUUACGUGUUAAAAUAAAAUAAGAAAAAAAGCGGACAAAAAAAACAUGAAAAAUAAUUUGAUGUCAAAGAAAUAAUGGAAAUUUUUAUUCUCACAUGUACAAUUAAACAUCGACUAUGAUCACCA